AUGGCCAUUCUCUUUCUCCACCCCGACACAUUCUCUUUCUUCUUUACUAUAUUCGCGUCACUAGUUCUUCUCAGUCUCCGACAUCCCUCUGCGGCGGCUGUUUGUCAAGCUCCGCCGGUGAUUUUUAACUUCGGAGAUUCCAAUUCCGACACAGGCGGACUCGUCGCCGGACUCGGUUACCCUAUCGGCUUACCCAAUGGACGCUUAUUUUUCCGACGGUCCACCGGCCGUUUGUCUGACGGACGUCUUCUCAUCGAUUUCCUCUGCCAGAGUCUAAAUACGAGUCUCUUGAGGCCAUACUUAGAUUCAUUGGGUAGAUCAAGGUUCCAAAACGGUGCAAACUUUGCAAUUGUUGGAUCCUCUACGCUUCCCAAAAAAGUUCCUUUUUCACUAAAUAUUCAGAUCAUGCAAUUCCUCAAUUUCAAAUCCCGAUCACUCAAGCUUGCUUCUACAUCAAAUCUAUCAAAGGGUUUGUUCAUAAGCCAAGACGGAUUCAGAAACGCAUUGUACAUGAUCGAUAUAGGACAAAACGACAUUGCACAUUCCUUCUCUAAAGGCAACUCGUAUUCUCAAACGGUCAUGCUGAUUCCACAAUUUAACUCCGAGAUAAAAACCGGCAUAAAGAAAUUGUAUGAUAAUGGAGGAAGAAGAUUCUGGAUUCACAAUACUGGUCCAUUAGGUUGUUUACCUCAAAAACUUUCAAUGGCUCAGAGCAAAGAUCUUGACCAGCAUGGUUGCUUAGCUAGUUACAACUCGGCCGCAAAAAUGUUUAACCAAAGAUUGGAUCAUAUGUGUGAUGAGCUAAGGACCGAACUAAGAGACACCACCAUAAUCUAUAUCGACAUAUACGAUAUUAAAUACAGCCUCAUUGCAAACUCCAACAAAUAUGGUUUUGAGAGACCGUUAAUGGCGUGUUGUGGAUACGGAGGCAGUCCUUAUAACUACAAUGUGAAUAUAACAUGUGGGCAUAGAGGCUCUAAUGUAUGUGACAAAGGGUCUCGUUUCGUAAGCUGGGAUGGGAUUCAUUACACCGAGACAGCUAAUGCCAUUGUGGCUAUGAAAGUGAUUUCCAUGCAAUACUCUAAGCCACAAACUCCGUUCCAUUUCUUCUGCCGUCGGUGA